AUGUCUUUAAUCAGCAAGGUUUCAUCUUGUAUGCCUUGCUGUUUUCGUGUCCACCAGUCAGAUGAAGAUGAAUUCCCCACGAACCCGAAUACCUCACAUGCCCAGUCCCCGAUAUCUGUCAAACUUUCACCCAGCACAGUGCCUCAUGCAUCCAGCAAAUGCAAGAAUGGCCCUACGGACGAUGAUGAAGCUUUAAGAGGCAUCUUCAGAUCCACUUCUUCAGUUCGCGGAUAUCAAACCGCUUCCGAGCAAAUGCAACUGCCGGCACCAGAACGUCCCUCGUUCGAUGUUGACUUCAAGUUUGGCGUUCAAGAUUCGGACAAGAAACCUCCUGGUCGAUUGGGACGACUGAGUAACCAUAUCAAGCAGAGGCUUUCCGAAGGGAGAUUGAGCAAGACCAAUUCAGUGGACCGAGAUACCUCUGAGGACAUCGGCCAGAGCCCUCCUCUCGGCUUGAACACUGAAGCACUCAUGAUUCCAAAGUCCAACGGCCUUCUUGAAUUGAUCAUAUCUCGCACAGGCAGUGAGCGAGGAUAUGACAGUGACGCCAAAAGCAUUCAAACCAUGCUUCUCAAGGCGAGUGAUCCUUUCACAAAGUCAAGCCCAUUGGCCACGAAGGAGUUUGCGAGUGUUGUUGAUGAUGCUCUAUCGUUGACUGCAUCUCCCAUCCGUUUCAAAGAUGAUAGUGACCAAUUCAAAAUCCAUACUCAGAAGUCCUCAAAUGACCAUGUCUCUCACACACUUGCAGCCCGAACAUCUUUCACCGAGGCUCUUUUGGCCGAGAAGGAUUCGUCACCAACCGCUGCCCUGCAAAGGCUGAGCACGUGCAUAUCAAAUGGUACCAUCAAGCUCCCAAGUUCUCACAAUUCCACCGGUGGCCUCAAGAAUGAUGCAGGGAGAGAGAAGAUAUUAACCAAUCCGGCGGACUUGUCCUCUGCAGAAACUAUGUAUAACACCAAAGAAAAAGUUGAGAUUCUUUCGACGCUCAAUAAACUGGGCAAUACUGUUCUAGCAGCCCAAAGAGACAGCUUGGCUUCCAUGCCUGAGAGUGAUCUUCGUGCUAGUAUAGUAUCGAGCCUCGACCCAACUUUUAUCAAUUUCAUCUCCAGAUUCGCAGAACCAGACAACUCGAAACAAAUUCAAGACUCGUCAAAUCCUUCAUAUGACCCCGGCUCAACUAUUGUGGGAGAGAAUAUCUUCAGCUCCACCUCCAACAUUUCCCGUUUGGACAAGAAGCGGGAGUCUCACAAUACUGAGCGAGACCUCAACCCAUGGCAAGGGUCAGAUCAAGCCUCCGUGCAUCUCUACAACAUGCGUAUCUCACAAAAUCUUGCCUGUCCUUCACUCGCCGCAUAUACCUCAAGGCCGACAACCAGUCAAACCACGAUCUCAAACUCCAAGCGACCUUCCAUGAACGUUGGUGUUUUUACAAAGCGUCAGUCUUCGGACAGUUACGUGUCUCGUCGAGUGACCACUGAGCAUAACAGACGGCCAUCUGAUCCUCAGACAAGACGACUCUUUGAACCAAGUGACACGGCAGAUAAACUGCGGUCUCAGUGGAAGACCGUGACAUCAUACAACAGCGGAAUCAGCGACCCGAACUUGAGGCCUGUUCGUUCAGGGGAUGAUGGAUCUUCAUUCUACUGGAGCGAUAAUGAGCUGAAGUCCGGCACCAGUUCUCUCAGAGUUCCUCCUCGGAGGAAUCCCAAUAGUUUCGCCAUCGGUGGACGAUCUGAGUCUAUCAGUUUUCCGGUUGGCUUUUCGACCAAGAGCAUCGACAUGGUUUCUGAAGUAGGGGGAGAUAGAGGUGUGGGGAGAAACGACUCUCACAAUCGACGUAAUGACUCUCGGCGAAGCAGAAGCAGCAGUAUGCCAGUGAACAUCAGACCGCAGCACUUGCAUCCGGAGAACAGAAAUAGGUAUCUCAAUUACACUUCAGACAAUGAAAAGUUGAGCGAGAUCAGCAUCGGAGUGCUUGAAGAUGCUAGAAGAGAAAAUUUGACCGAGAUCAGUGUCCAAGCCAUUCAUGACGCGCGAGAUGAGACUAUGAGCGAGAUAGAUCACACUAAAAUUCUUGAGAAAUGUGAUCAAAGGCUCUCCCUUCACGUUCCUGUGGCAUCGGAUCGACGGCGGUCAAGGAGUGAGUCAAAGGACCUUCGAACCCACUGGCAAACAAGAAGACGAUCUACCAGUGGAGCCACCCAGAGUUUGGGUCCGCCAACACUUCUCGAAAGCACAACGGACAUGUGGCAACGAACCUUCCGGCAAGCAGUAGCUGAACCACAUGAUGAGACCAUGGGAGGCUUCUUUUCCACCCCCAGAUAUGACCGAGACGGCACGCGAUGCAAAUCGAAGGGAAGCAGCGUCAGCAAUAUGGACCGAGAUGCAGUUGAUCCAAUGACAAAUGGCCCCCACGAUGACCCAGAGCACCCUCGACUUACUUUUGAUUUAGAAAAAGAGUUGGAUGUCGAACAAGGACGGUCGCCAAUUCUGCCCACCUUAAUGGAGAACAACAACAUCAGGAAGAAAAGUCUUCUUGAUUUAGGUCGACGAUUCGCAGGCACCGCCACCAAAGACAGCUCGGAAACCCGUUCUGAGAAUUUGACUCCUCUGAGGGACAUACUCGGGCUCUAG